AAUGGCGGCACAGCAACUCAUUCUGAAGUUGGGGUUCAUAAAAUUGGUUUGCAUAUUUUAAGAGUUAUUUGGGCUUAAAAAUGACUUCUAACAAUUCAGUUAUAAGUGAAGAUAUGCUAGAAAACUUGACUUUUACACGCAGUACCUGGUGGAGCGAGUUUUUCGAGUCUUUUAGUGUUCGCGAGGAGGGUGAAAUUUAUGACGUCGAAGAAAUUGAUGAACAAUUUCUUGACGAUUCUUUAGAUGAAGAACAAAUGGAAUAUUGUGAAGGUGCAGAAGAAGAUGAUGCUCCGGAAGAUAUCGAACAUAACAGCCUAUUGAAAGCAAUAACAUUAAACGAAAAAAUAUCAUUUGUUGAGUCAUCUGAAAUUCAAGAUAUUUUAAAUGCUACUCUCCCAGUUUUGGAAGAACAUGAACGAAAAUGGAAAAAUGCCGGACUGCAGAGUAUUCUUAAUACAUUUGAUUCUGUACGCAUUAAGAAAGAAGUAGGCGGAUGGAUGCGUCGAAAUCAUAGUGCAACGAUUACCGACGUUGAAUCCGAUUCCAGUACAGAUUCAUCGAUUUCCUGGGAUACUGGGAACUAUAUUCGUACUACAAAGAAAAUGCAUAUGAAAAGCGGACUUAAUCGUAUUGAAUCGAUGCGAAGGUUAAAUUCUAAGCAAAGUCGUCAUAACCAUGGCAUGAUAAUUGAAACAACAAGGUAUCGUGCUUACAAGUGCGAUUGCUGUAACUAUAAUCGGAAUAGAGCAAUUAAGAUUCGGCAAUCAAAGAUAAUUGAACAACAAGCCAGCCAAUCUAUGAUUGCCUCUUGCAGCAUGUCUCGGUCUAAUAGUCUUAAUCGCGAUCAGAUUGUAUCUUUAAAGACAACUAAAUAUGAUACGCCACCGAGAUCUUCACCUCCAAAAGAUAAUUUUAUCAAUACAGCACCUCCUAAAAUCACGACUAAACGGAUGGCAGCCUUGAAGGCUAGAGAAAAUCUUACUAAGAUGCAUAAGACUAAAUCAAAGGAUUCAAAAAAAAUGGCUAGAAUUGUCAGAAAACAACAAACAAGCGAGUCUAUUAAAGAUUUUAAUCUCGCAACAAUAACAGAAACAAACAAGCCAUUUAGCCUAUCAUCCGAAGAUUUUAAAGAAAAUACAUUUCUUACAAACGUUGAAAAUAUUUGUAACUCGACAGCGCUGAACGGCGUUGCUGCGCGCAAACAGUUGAUUAGCCGGCCGCCGACGAUAACUGAAAGCUCGGAGACUAUUCCUUCUACGCCAAGUGACAAAGGAAUGCCAAAACAAAAUAUUUGUCGCGCCACAACAUCUAAAUGCUAUACAGUGGCAAUCAAAUGUGUGCCGACCAUCAGUGAACAUUCAAUAUCCCUUUCAGACAGCCCGCAUAGAUCGAAAGCUGGAUUAAAAAACAUUUACAAAUCUAAAGAACCAAACAAAGUUAAAGCCACACGAGAGUUGGAAAUUUGUUCGACACCUCCUGAGGGGCGAUUUUUUUAUAUGGAUAUGCCGCAUAGAUCGAAAGCUGGAUUAAAAAACUUUUACAAAUCUAAAGAACCAAACAAAGUUAAAGGCACACGAGAGUUGGAAAUUUGUUCGACACCUCCUGAGGGGCGAUUUUCUUAUAUGGACACGCCGCAUAGAUCGAAAGCUGGAUUAAAAAACUUUUACAAAUCUAAAGAACCAAACAAAGUUAAAGGCACACGAGAGUUGGAACAAAAAACUAAAUCAAUUAAGGCGUUUGAUCCGGAAGAAAAGCGAACACUUAAAAGUAUUAAUAAUGUAGACUUGAUUUCAUCCCCAUCAACCACUGAUUCAGAAGAAAUAGUUAAAACUGUCAGAAAACCAACUAAGACUCCAAAAACAAGGGAAUUUAUUAAAGAUUUUAAUCUCGCAACAAUAACAGAAACAAACAAGCCAUUUAGCCUAUCAUCCGAAAAUUUUAAAGAACAUACAUUUCUUACAAGGGUUGAAAAUAUUUGUAACUCGACAGCGCUGAACGGCGUUGCUGCGCGCAAACAGUUGAUUAGCCGGUCGCCGACCAGAAAUGAAAGCUCGGAGAUCAUUCCUUCUACGCCACGUGACAAAGGAAUGCCAAAUCAAAAUAAUUGUCGCGCCACAACAUCUAAACGCUAUGCAGUGGCAAACAAAUGUCUGCCGACCAUCAAUGAGCAUUCAAUAUCCCUUUCAGACACGCCUAAAAUAUCUGAAGCUGAAUUAAAAAAAAAUUACAAAUCUAAAGAACCAAACGAAGUUAAAGCCGGACGAGAGUUGGAAAUUUGUGCCUCACCCCCUGAGGAGGGGCGAUUUUCUGGAACAGCUAUUCAAGACACACCAAAUCCACGCUAUGGAAAAAAAGAAAAAACUAUUGCUCGCAAUGAAAGGAAGUCACCAGUUGGUGCUAGUAACGUUUCGCCUGUUCGGUUAAAUGCUGAUACCCCAACAAAAUCAAUAACUCAACAAAGAAUUGAUAAACGAAUUCCAAUAUAUAAACCUCAGCAAAAGCAACAAACUUCAGAUAGCAAUUUCGAAGUAACUAGAGAACUUUUGAGUAGUGUGAUUGGAGAGGAGAAAGCGCGACGCUUUUUCAAAUACAAUCUGGGAGCGGUUAUAUUUCCGAUUACAUCCACUGUAUAUUACUGCCCGCCUGAGAAAGAACUCUCUAGCUCAGAUAGUGAUGACGAUCCUCUGGAUAAAAUUGGACGCUAUGGCGAACUGAAUGAGUCUGUGCAACAUAACUAAGUCGUUGAACGAUUAUUUUAAUUAUUUUAAAACUAAUAUUUCAUCUUUGUUACAAUUAAGGCACUACGGAACUUCUACCUUUUUUAAAUCUAAGUAAUAUUACCUGGUGCCCUCGACUAUUUGCUUUUACCGUUAUGAUUUUUUUUUUUUUUAAUUUUAAUGGCAUAUAUGUUGUCUUCGGCGCACUUUCGCGCUACUUUUCGCAGCAUAAUUGUAAUUGUCAGUACGAAUUCGAAAAUUGUUUAUUUUGCAAUCUCCGCACUACAGAGUGUCGGAGAAGUUUUUAACAGUUGAAAGUAAAUUGUAAUUUGUAAUAUUUGUGAAUUGUCUUUUAACCAGGGCAACAAUAAGUUGCGGUUAGUAAAAUGUAACCUGCUCUGAAAAAAAAAGGUUUGCCCCCUCCACGUUCAUACCGAGAAUGCAAUUUGUUUAAAUAAAU